AUGAAUGUAUUUCUUCGCCCAUUCGGUGAGGACAAGUCUAAGGUACACGAUGAUGCGGAUCUUGCCGCUGCCCGUAAGGCAGUAAUGAAUGCUGGUCUAGUAACGCCGAAACGUCGGACGAAGGCUAAAGCGACCGAACCAUCUGUUCGCACAGUACGAACGACGACUGGAUUACGUCGAAUCGUUUCCGAGGAUGCUCCCGUCCGUCGCACCCCGCGCAAAUUCACGAACAUGACGGCAGAGGCAAUGCUUGGCGAAGUGCCGCACGCACCUGCUUCUGUGUUUGCUGUUGGUGGCCCUGCCGUCCAAGCAGUAGAGUUCAAUGAGCGUAGGGACGGUGCGGAAAGUGGAUACAAGUCGUCUCGCUCCGAAAUUGCUCGUGAAGAGGCGGCCCGCAUCCAUGCACGUCGCUUCCGUCGUGAGCGUGCAAACGCUGAUGCGAUCGCUGAAAGAGAGGCCCGACGUCUUGCUGAGGAACAAGAAGAAGAAGAGGAGCCAGAACUGGAUGUGGAAAAGGCAAAGCCUAGGGGCAAACGACAUGCAGCUGCCUCGAAAGGCAAGUCGAUGUUCAUCGAAGAUGAUGCGCCCCCGCCAUUGCCUGAGAAGGAUCUCCCUAGCAUCGAGCCGUCUCGGUCUUACCUGCCUCUGUUAUCUACUGGAACGAGUUCCUUCCCUACCUCUGUGAGUCAAGGCUCUCUGGAUCACAGCAACUCGAAGCGAUACGCGUCUCAGCCAUUGAAUUACAUGUCUGACUACAGCACAACCAAAGUGAACGUGCCUUCGUCUACGAAGGCUUCGAAAGAGACAAAGUCUAGCUUGGCAGGAGCUGCUGAACGCGACAACCUCACUCCUGCGCAGUUCGCUGAAAUGGCCAUGGCAGACUUUAGCACUGUGCGCACAGGUUCGACUCUUCCGGACUACCUAUCUCAGCGUCCAAGCAAGACUUUGUUCGAAGAGAAGCCAGAUCUGAAAGAAGCAGGUACUGCUGCACCCAUUUCUCAAGAAAAUGUUGACGCGCCAAAGCACAGGGAACCUGGACAAGGAGAGGCCGAGGAAGCGACUGAGAGUUCUGGUGAUAAAGAGGUUUCAUUGCUGCCUGAUGUCUCAACUGUGUCUGAUGCCGCAAGACUCAAAGAGGAAAAUGUGGCUGAGGUUAACCGCAAGGAAGCAGAGCUUGCGCGCCAGGAAGCUAUUCUGGCACGCUUAGAGGCCCAGAAAGCUCGCGAACAAGCAGAACAAGUCCGUCGUGAGGCCGAGCAAAUACGGCGCGAGGCUGAAGAGGCACGCCAAGCUGCGAUGGAAGCGAAACGCUUGGAAGCCAAGCUGCUUGAGGAAGCUAAGCAACGUGAGGAAGCCAGGAAAGCCCAAGAAAUCAGCAGGGUAGAAGAGCUGACGAGAAUUGACAAUGCCAAGAGGGCUGAAGAGACCAGACUGGCAGAAGAGGCCAGGAAACAAGCGGAAGAGGCCAGGAGACAGGCAGAGGAAAUCAAGCGCCAAGUUGAUGAGGCGAGGAAAGCUGAUGAAGCAAGACGAGCUGAAGAGGCUAAAAAGGCAGAGGAGAUCCGUAAAGUUGAGCUCGUGAAGCAGCAAGAGGCAAAGAAGGUGGCGGAAGCAAAGAAGUUAGAGGAGUCAAGGAAAGCAGACGCAGAGAAGAAGGCAGUGGAGGCGAAGAAGCUGGAGGAAUCGAAGAAAGCUGAAGAGGCAAAGAAAGCAGCGGAAGCAAAGAAGGCAGAAGAGGAGAGGUCAGUGGAAGCGAAGAAGGCGGAAGAGGCAAAGAAAGUAGAACAGGAGAAGGCAGCGGAAGCGAAGAAGCUGGAGGAAUCGAAGAAAGCAGAAGAGGCAAAGAAAGCAGCGGAAGUGAAGAAGGUACAAGAGAAGGCAGCAGGAGCGAAGAAGGCAGAGGAUGCCAAAAUAGCGCAAGAGGCCAAGAAAGCUCAGGAUGUCAAGGAGGAUCAAACAACCAGGACCCGGUCAACGCCCGGCAAAUCAGCUGCCGCAACUAGCUCCGCCGCCGCCAAGGACACAGCUCCGUACAUAUCUCCUUCAAAGAGCUCGAGGAUGCCAGAGUACCUUCGGGUUAGCCUUUCGAGCCUUGUUCGCAAGCCAACGCGUUCGAAGCUAAGCGAGAAGACGCCAGACUCUGCACGUUCUCCGUCUAAGUUUAGCCUGACUUCAGCACGAUCGCAGCAAAGUCUUCCGAAAGUUAGCCCUUCGAUGUCUGCGCAGACACCUGCUGCUACGAAUGAUAAAAACACGCCGAAGACGAUUGCUUCGCCUGCCGAAACCGGCCCAAUGCCUCCAAAGAAGGAUGAGGGUCUCACACAGUCACCAACACCCCAAGUUUCCAAGCCUACAAGUCCCAUGUCUGCAGUGAAUGAACCCAAGGUGCUCAAAACGGACGCGGUGUCUCAACGUGCUGCACCCCAGACGGAGGCUGUGUCUCCCACGAAAGAUGUCGUAAGCAAGCCAGUCACGUCUCAAAUGGGAGCCGUGCCACCUAAGAAGGACGAGGAACCUGUGUCUCCAACGCAGCCAAUUCCAAAAGACACGUCUUCAAGCGCUGGAAAGCCAGAGCCAGUGUCAUCUAAGGCGAAUGCUGUCUCUUCUCCCGCUCAGCCCCAGCGUGUUUUCCCUAAGCUGGAGAUUGUUCAUGUGACACCGAAGGGUGCACCAAAACCGGCGUCAUCUUCGACAAAGGUUACAUCUGCCUCAAAUGUGGGACCUGGUGACAAGGUGCCGCUCCCGGGAACUGUGCGCAAGUCUCCCAGCAACUUAUCCUCAUCGAUGUCGAUGCCAUCGAUGUCUUCUCUCCCUAAGGGUGAAAUGUCGUCUCGGUAUGGUCUGUUUAUUGUCGGCGAUGCCCUGGGCAAGCCGAAGCUGGCGGAGCCGUCGAAGAAGCAGCAGGAAGAGCAGCAGCCUCAGGCUGCAACGCGCGAGCCAUCGGUUGCUAGCGCGUCUGUUAAUAAUAAGGAGCUUUCGAAGAGUCCACUUGUCAAACCCGAAACGCGUGAAUCUUUGUCUUCCGGUGCAUCGUCCGCGUCAAAGGCAUCCCCCGCUAUCCCUAACAUUGAGCUUCUUAGGCUUCAGACGGCAUCAGACAAGCAUGCGGACUCCAAGCCUUCUGGUUCGGAGUCCGAGCCCCCCACGAAAUCCGCUAUUUCGAAGCCUUCUGACAGGAAGCCUGUUCCCCCAGUCAAGUCGGACGAUUUUGAGCGUUCUGACGUCAAGCCAGUGCCUCCGUUUAACAUGGACGAUAAGAAGCCAUCCGAAUCCACAGACCGCGCACCGAGCUUUACUUCCGACUCUAAGGCUGCUCCAGCUAUUCCGAACAUUGAUCUGACGAAGCAAUUCACAGUGUCAACGGCGGCAUCCAGUGAGCGCGCUGAUGGACAUGCAAAUGAAUCUCCAAUGCUCAAGGCGUCGGAGUCAAAGCCUGUGCCAUCAGUUUCCUCACCGUCGAAGUUUUCGGGUCCAGCUUGCACUGAGGAACCGCUGACAUUUUCGACGGCGGACUCUAAGCUAGCGCCACCAAUUUCGUCGGCGGACUUGUACAACUUGCAACGUCGAGAGACUAAUUCAGGUGAGACGAGCGCUGUCCCAGUGACUCGCUCGGUUACUGAGGCUGAUCUAUCAAAAUCGCCGUCUGUGCCUGCGUAUUUGUCGAACAACUUGGUCUUGGCUAAGCCUGCAGCUCAAUCGGACAUCGGUGAAAUCGACGCUCGUAAAACACCAACCGCUGAUUCAAAGGAGGCCCCGAAGUCACCUUCAGCUGUGCCAUUGAAUGAAGAGUCCAAGUCGAACAACUUUGCAAGAACGUCAUCGCUUACUGAAACGAAAGAACUUGAGAAAGCGCCUGAGCCAUUUACAACUUCCUCGGCGAAUCCUGCCGGUAAGAAGGCGAGAUCGGAAACGGGAACCGAAUCGAAGGCGCCAGUACCCCCAGUGAAAGACGAGAGUCCAAAGACAGAAGUCGCCAAGUCGCGCGUGUCUGAAGCAGAAGACAAGAAGAGUACUGAAGACAAGGUGACUGAGUCCAUCUCAGAGUCGAAAGAGAAAGGGGAAAAGACUGAAAAGGCGUCGGAAUCGGAAGCUCCUGAGGGAUUGUUGAAGGAUGUCAAGUCAGUGACAAGUAAAGUGUUGUCAUAA